AUGAGCGUACCCAAGCGUACCUCUAACGGGGUCCCACAGUCAAACACCAAAUCGACAUCUGAUCUGGAGAAACCCCCCCACAAACCGCAGUCUGAGGAGAUGACGCCCUUGGAGCCUGAAGGCUCCAAGCGCCGUCCUACCAAGACUUGCACGGCAUGUCGUCGCCGCAAACCAAAGGACGACGUCAAUUCUAGAUCCAUCUGUUCUACUUGUAAUACAGCGCGCACAGUCAACACUAUGACAGAGUACCGGCGUCGACGUCAGGAGAAGAACCUGAGGAUGAUCAACCGACUGGAGGAAAACAUAGAGAGAAUGGAGGAUCGCCUGCAAGAGCUGGGGUUUGAUCUAGGGAAUGACCACCUCGGUAUACCACAGUUGCAGAAAAACGACCAACACCCGCUGGGGGUGUCGUCGCCGGACUUGUCCACGUGCGAAGAUUAUCCAGCAGAGCAUCCGGGGAUAGAGUCAGAGAUUCCGGGUCACUCAACUGCCACGAACAGGGAUGCACCGUCGGUCGCUGAUGAUCAAUUCAAAAACUUGGAGAACAUGGUCCCAGGAAGUCUCAGCUUCUUUGUCCCGCGAGGCUUGGUCAACACCUCGUGCCUGGAAGGUGAGUCGGUCGCAAAGUCUUUCGCAUUGAAACCCUCUUAA